GGAUCUGCGGAUGACUGUGACCUUCUCAUCGAAGAAAUCAGCAAAGUCAUCAGCAGCGAAGGAGGACUGAGGAGGAGGAGGCGGUGCGUUGAGGAGAGAGGAGAAAAUGGAGAAAAGUUUCCGGGGGUUAGAAGCAGAGUUCUGAAUUUGCGUUUGAUAGUAUUUUGCUUUGGCGGCAGUGACAUCGGAAGAGAAUGCCGCCAGGAGAGACUGGUGGCUGCCAGGUGCGUUUGGAAGAAUAUGAUGCGUAUAAUGAGAAGUCUUAUAUUUGCCCUGCACCUGUUAAUUCUUAUUCCUGCUGCUGAGAUCUCCAUGCCAGUGGUGGCAGCCCCGGGAAGUGACAUCACCCUCAGCUGUUCUUUUCCACUCAGUGAAACUGACCAACUCUUCAAUCUAUUAGUGGUCUGGGAUCAUGGUGCUGAGGUGGUGCACCGUUACUACAAAGCAACAGACCAUCUGGAGGAGCAGAGUCCAGCAUACAGGGGGCGCACUCAGCUGUCCCCAGACCAGCUGGCUGUGGGCGAUGCCUCACUCAGGCUAACGGGGGUGCGAGCGAGUGACCAUGGCAAGUACACGUGCGAUGUGACCAAUGAGCAGGGCAGGAAGAUUUGGAAGCAAAUUUUUCUAGUAGUAGCAGCUGCAUAUGAUGAACCUGAGCUUGCCAUCCAGACCACCUGCGACAGCGUCAUCAUCACCUUCCUCUCCACCCUGGGCUUCCCUGAGCCCACUGUGCUGUGGAGAACCGAGACAGGAAGUGACAUCACCAAUCGUAGCAACACCACUAUGGUCCUGAAAGGAGGGGGAGAACAUUAUGAGGUGGUGAGCGAGAUGGUGCUGAAGCAGAGUGACCCACUCAAUUGGACUGUCACAUUUGAGAUGAGGCUGGAGCUCCUCAACCAGAGCUUCUCCCGCUCCGUCAGCCUCCACCCCCUCCCAGAUUGCCGUGGAAUGCCACUGGAACCCAGGAACAGACUGUCUCUGCUUGUACUGCUAUUAGUGGUACUGGCUUGCUUAGUCAUUACUGUCUUCUGGUACAAAAAAUGCCUGUCGCAUGGACCUGGGAAAGUUGAUGUUCCCAUUGGAACAGAACCGGUUGCAGAGGAAGAAGAGGAAGAAGAGGAAGAAGGCCCAGUCUCAGUCUCAGUCUCAGUCUCAGGCCCAGUCUCAGGCCCAGUCUCAGGAUCCGGCCCAGUCUCAGGAUCCGGCCCAGUCUCAGGCCCAGUCUCAGGCCCAGUCUCAGGAUCCGGCCCAGUCUCAGUCUCAGGCCCAAUCUCAGUCUCAGGCCCAAUCUCAGUGUCAGGCCCAGUCUCAGGAUCCGGCUCCGGCUCCCUCCAGGUUCAGAUUGAAGGACCUCCAUGUUCACCUGAAGUCUCACGGUCACCUGAGACCCUGUACUCGUGAAGCCCAUCUGCUCAUUAUCUGAGGCCUCUCGGUCGCUUGAAGGCCUGUUCCCCCCGAAAGGCCCUGUGCUGUCCUGAAGCCCCUGAA